UCCACCUAAAACCUCGUCUCUGGGACUGACUUUAUUUCCCUGCGAGUAGUGGCUUGAACGAAGUCUACAAAGUACAGUUCCAGAGACCUCAAUUUUGCCUGCGCGGCCUUUCUGAACCUUGGUUUCCUCAAUAGUUUCUCUCGCCUCAUCUCACCUAACUGUAUAAUGUAGAAAACUGCUUUGAAAAGUAACCAAAGGUGUGCCUGAAAAAUAUAGGGAUUUUACUUUCUUUUUAAUUACUGAAUCGUGACUUGUCAUGCGGAUAUGACUUUCCUCUGCCCGAGGGGAUUAAAUGUCCUUCCAAUAACUGCCACUGUCCUUUCACUCCCGCUCUUUUCCCGCAUAACCGCGUGGUCGCACUGGAAAGGCGAACUAUAGUUCCCAGGGUGCCUCGCGAAGCCGCGGAGAACUACAAUUCCCAGCGUUCACCGCUGUGGGGCGGGGUGGAGUCGGAACCACAAAAUCAGGCCCGGAAACUACAACUCCCAGAGCGUUCCGGAGCAAGGCAGCUGGACUACGGAAAGCGACGGGCGGAGGCCAGCAAUAGGAAACUCUGGGUUCUGGGUGCAAAAACCCAGGGUUAGGAGCUUCAGGCAUGCUGCGUCCCAAGGCUUUGACCCAGGUGCUAAGCCAGGCCAACACUGGAGGUGUUCAGAGCACCCUGCUGCUGAAUAACGAGGGAUCUCUGUUGGCCUACUCCGGCUAUGGGGAUACAGACGCCCGGGUCACCGCGGCCAUCGCCAGUAACAUCUGGGCGGCCUACGACCGGAAUGGAAACCAAGCGUUUAAUGAAGACAAUCUCAAAUUCAUCCUCAUGGACUGCAUGGAGGGCCGUGUAGCCAUCACGAGAGUGGCCAACCUUCUACUGUGCAUGUAUGCCAAGGAGACCGUUGGCUUCGGAAUGCUCAAGGCCAAGGCCCAGGCCUUGGUGCAGUAUUUGGAGGAGCCUCUCACCCAAGUAGCAGCAUCAUAAUGGGUGCUGGUGGAACCUGGGAUUCAGAAGAGUGAGAUGACCAUGUGGUGGGGCAGGGCUCCCUGGGGAAACCUUCCUGGACUGUUGCAGGGGGUUGGAGUGGGGGGACUUUGUUCUUCCCAAGAAUAAACUUCAACUGCUGUCUCGUG